UGGAUGCUGGAGUUGAGGAAGAUCAUGCUGGUGUUCGGGCUGCUGCUGAUACUGCAAACUGCUGCAUGUGUGGAGCGGUUCUGCAGGUUUACUCAGUCAGAUCCCUGUUAUGCAGCUCUGGGACACAAACUCAACCUGGAGAUGGUGGAUGAUAGUAAACAUACCCUGACCAUAAGAAAGAGAAUAAACGACAACACACAAGAUGAUCUAAUUUGCAGAGUAAAAAAUGGCACAAAGAAUUUGAACGCAUGUGAUCUUUAUAUAAACAGACCUGAAGUGAGAAUCCAUAAUGGGACUGUGAUGAUAAACCCUGUGAAGAGAGAAGAUUCAGGAAGUUACAGAUUACGACUCAAUAAUCCUGGUGGCGCAGACACAUUUAUAGAUCUUCAGGUGAAUGUUGAAGCUCCUGUUGGCUCAGUGAAUGUGUCAAUCACUUGCUCCUCCAAUCAGAUGAGAUCAGUGUCCUGCUCCUCUGAGGGGGAUCAGCUCCUCUACAGCUGGACUCUCAAUGGAGAUCCACUGAUGGAUGGAAACACCAGCAUUCAGAUUGAAGAGGAAGCUGAAGGAGAAAUCACCUGCACUGUGAAGAACCACAUCAGUAAAAGACAGAAGACUGUUAGCACCGAAGACUGUUCAGUGACUAGCAGCAGUCCAACAACAUCAAACUGGGUGUCUCAGAGCUCUAUGCUGGUCAUUUAUUUGAUGACUCUGUUCGCUCUGUUAGGAGGAUUUCACAUCUACAUCAACACACAAGUCAGGAAAGAAACCAGAAGAUCAAAACCUGAGGAUGAGGAGAUUUAGAGAAGAUCACCCAGCAGAUCUCAUCACAUCUAUAAUAAAAUGACUUCAUGAUGUCCAAGAGUUUCACCUGGAUACAGAGUUUAUUUUCAUAUGUAGAGUUAUUUUGGUCUUUUACUUUAGUCUGCUGGUUUGGAUUGAUUUCUCAUUGUUUAUGAGACCUAAACUGUUCAAACUUUUCCUCUUGAUCUGUAACUCAGUUUUGAGAUGUCU